AACACCACGUACUGUAAACAUUUGUUCACCAACAGUUUGCUCAAAUAAGUUACCAUUUAAAAUAGACUACGAGAAACCGAGAAAUUAUACCAAUUCUUGCGUUGAACAUUAAAACUAUAGGCGAGUUAUAGUCAAUAACCGCAUCUUGAAUUUUACAACUUUGUGAUAUUUGCCCUGUCAACUUUAAAAGUAGAAUAAUAAACAGAAGUUGACCCCUGCAAGAUGCCUUCUUCUAACCUGUCAGAUUUGGUAACUGCAGACAUGAUUCAGUCGGAACAUCUAUCUCACCGCGAGAAAGAAAUGGUGGCGGCGUUGCUUGGUGCCGGGCGCAAGCCACAGGCCACAGCAGUAGCCAGGGUGUUCCAAGCCGGCGGAAACUCUCCAAACUGGCAGAAAUUGGGAUGUGGGAUAUUGUGUCUGGUGAAAGACAACAGGGCCAGAAGUUAUUUCUUCUCCCUUUUCGACCCAAUUCAACAGAAGGAAAUAUUCCUUGAAGAAAUGUACAGAGGGUUCACAUAUGAGAGGAACAACAGUUUGUUCAUGCAUUUCGAAGGGGAACGAAAUGUGGUCGGGAUUAAUUUCUACGACAGAAAUGAGGCGGACAACUUUGCGAGGAAAGUUGACGAGGAAAUUGCUCGGAAGGAAAGAGCGACCCAACAAAAACUGGCUCACAAAGGAAGUGUGGUGCCCAACAGACCGGAAGCGAUCCCAGUUGACAAGACUCUGACCAAACAGGAAGCUAGGGAUCUUGGAAAACACCAGAACGCAUUUCUCAAAUCGCCCAGUGUGGAAGAAAAUGGGACAAAAAUAAGAACACGGGACAAGCUGAGGAACAUGUUCACAGCUCAAAAAGAUAACACUGAGCUGAAAAAUUUGAUCAGCUUGCCAGUUACUGUUCAGCACGUGAGCAGCGGAACUGCUACAGCCGAACUAGGCAAGACACACAUCGUAGAUCGAGGCGACAGCGAGACUGAUAAAAUCCUAGCACUGGCUAUUCUCAAAAUGAUGCAGCCUGAUUGCACAGGUGAAUCGGAACAGGGUCAAAAGUUCCUCAAAAAAAUUAAAAAAACUUUGGAGUCGCAUGAACAAACUGAUCUGGCCGAGUAUAAAAAAUUACUGGGACUGGAAGCUCCAGAAGAAUCAUCGACAGAAGUGAUUCAAAAACAACCAGCGCAGAAGAAAUCUGGAUUAACGAAUCCAUUAAAUUUCAAGCCAAAAUUCGGAAGAAGCGCCCCCGCUCCACCGAAGCCCCAGACUGAGAAUGCGAAUCAAUCGACAGGUACGGCUCCGCCGCCGCCACCACCUCCCCCUCCAGUGCGCACAGGUGGACCCCCUCCCCCUCCCCCUCCGCCUCCUCCUCCUGGACCCUCUGGAGUUCCAGUUCCACCACCCCCUCCGAUAAUGUCUUCAGCAUCCGGAGGUUCCGGAGGUGCGUCUGGUAUCUCGGCAGCUGCUCUGAAUAAAGUGCAUCUGUCGGCUCCCAGUGCCCAUGAUAACAGACCAGCUCCACCCAAGGAAGAGGACAAACGUGAUAUGAUGUUGAACGCCAUCGCGAAUUUCAACAAGAACAAACUUCAUAAGAUUGAGAACGCGGAGGGUAACGAGGGCGGGGCAGUGGGGGGCAAGGCGAGGGUGACGUCGUCAGUCUCCCCUGCCACUGUGUCCCAGGGCAAAUUUGAGACCCUGAUAGACCAGCUGACCAAGUUCAAACACGACAUGCAGAACGUAUCCAGUGAUGAAGAGGACGAAUUCCAGUCCUCGUUCUCCGAUGAUUGAAGCACUAUGCAUCUUAACAAUUUUUCAACCAAUUCAAAAAUUUUAACCUGAACAGAAGAAAAUUACUUAAAACCUUAUAGUUAACUAUGAGCUAAACAUAAUAGAAUACUAAUAGUAAAUUUAUAUUCAAAUAAAUGUACAAAGAUAGCCACAGCAUGGAAAACGCGAUAAGAAAGUUAGUCAUGGCCAUUUGGUUAUGGCCCACAUUGAGGUCGACUAAAAAACGGCCAACUGUUGCCUGCUUUUGUAUUUUUCAGUCAAACUAUGUCUGGCUUCGACAAUAACGUUCGACCACACAACUC